ACUCGGGCUGUGGCAGUCCUCAAGGGCUGACUCUUUUUAAUAUUUUUAAUUUUAUCAAAUCUUUACCACACCCCAUUAUGUACUUAAAAAAAAUUUCAAAUAAAUGAUAUUUUCAUUGAAAAAAAAAAACAAAUAAAUUCAAUGUUAUUUCAAUAAUAACGCAGUAAAAUCAAAAAUAAAAAAAAUGACAAAAAUAAAAUAUAAUAAAUUAACAAUAAAUAUAUUUUUAUUUAUUUUUAUUUUUACGAGCAUAAAAUCAUGUGAAGCUGUAAGUGGUAAUCCAAUAUCAUAUAAAAUUGGAGGAGUUUUAUCAAACAAUGCAAGUCAAGUACAUUUUAAAAAAACAAUUGAUAAUUUAAAUUUUGAUUUACAAUAUGUCAAUCGAGGAAUUGUUUUUUAUCAUACUGUUAUUGGAAUGGAUUCAAAUCCAAUAAGAACAGCAUUAAGUGUUUGUAAAUCAUUGAUAGCUGAACGUGUUUAUGCUAUUGUUGUGUCUCAUCCUUUAACUGGUGAUUUAUCACCAGCAGCAGUAUCAUAUACAAGUGGAUUUUAUCAUAUUCCUGUUAUUGGUAUAUCAUCAAGAGAUUCAGCAUUUUCAGAUAAAAAUAUUCACGUGUCAUUUUUACGUACAGUACCACCGUAUUCUCAUCAAGCUGAUGUUUGGGUUGAACUUUUAAAACAUUUUAACUAUAUGAAAAUAAUAUUCAUUCAUAGUUCUGAUACUGAUGGACGAGCAUUACUUGGAAGAUUUCAAACAACAUCCCAGAGUCUUGAGGACGACGUGGAGAUCAAAGUACAUGUAGAAUCAGUGUUGGAAUUUGAGCCAGGACUUGAAAAUUUUACAACUCAAUUAAUGGAUAUGAAAAAUGCACAAGCACGUGUUGUUUUGAUGUAUGCAAGUCGUAAAGAUUCUGAAGUUAUAUUUAAAAAUGCUGGAUCAUUAAAUAUGACUGGUGCUGGAUAUGUUUGGAUUGUUAGUGAACAAGUACUAAUGGCAUCAAAUGCACCAGAGGGUCUACUUGGACUGAGACUAAUAAAUUCAACUGAUGAAAAAGCUCAUAUUAAAGACAGCUUAUAUGUUUUAGUUUCUGCUCUUCGUGAAAUGAAUGAGACAAAAACUAUCACUGAAGCACCAAAAGAUUGUGAUAAUUCUGGAUCAAUUUGGGAAACUGGAAAAGAAUUAUUUGGAUUUAUUAAAAAACAAGUAUUGGAAAGAGGUGAAACUGGUAGAGUUGCAUUUGAUGAUAAUGGAGAUAGAAUAUUUGCUGAAUAUAAUGUUGUUAAUGUUCGUAAAAAUAGAGAACAUGUUUCUGUUGGACAAUUUGUUUAUUCUCCAGACACACAAAGAAUGAAAUUACGUCUUAAUGAAACAAAAAUAAUAUGGCCAGGUCAUUUGAAAACAAAACCAGAGGGUUUUAUGAUUCCAACUCAUUUAAAGGUAUUGACUAUUGAAGAAAAACCAUUUGUUUAUACCCGAGUUAGUGAAAUUGCUGAGUGUCUUCCAGAUGAAAUACCAUGUCCUCAUUUUAACAGAACUGAACACGAUGUAACACGUUUUUAUUGCUGCAAAGGAUAUUGCAUAGAUCUUUUAAAAGAAUUAUCAAAAACAAUUAAUUUUACAUAUACAUUGGCUCUUUCACCUGAUGGACAAUUUGGUAGUUACAUGAUUAAAAAUAGCAGCCUUGGAGGUAAAAAAGAAUGGAGUGGUUUAAUUGGUGAACUUGUUGAUGAACGUGCAGAUAUGAUUGUUGCUCCAUUAACAAUAAGCCCAGAAAGAGCUGAAUUUAUUGAAUUUAGUAAACCAUUUAAAUAUCAAGGAAUCACAAUCUUGGAAAAAAAACCUUCUAGAUCAUCAACAUUGGUGUCUUUCUUGCAACCAUUUAGUAAUACUUUAUGGAUAUUGGUGAUGGUGUCGGUGCAUGUGGUUGCGCUUGUUUUGUACCUCCUUGAUAGGUUUUCGCCUUUCGGGAGGUUCAAGCUGGCUAAUAACGACGGUACCGAAGAGGAUGCCUUAAAUCUUUCAAGUGCAAUUUGGUUUGCCUGGGGAGUAUUAUUAAACAGUGGAAUUGGCGAAGGUACACCACGUAGUUUUUCUGCAAGAGUUCUUGGAAUGGUUUGGGCUGGUUUUGCAAUGAUCAUUGUUGCUUCAUAUACUGCUAAUUUGGCUGCAUUUCUCGUGUUGGAAAGACCAAAAACAAAAUUGACUGGAAUAAAUGAUGCUCGGUUAAGAAACACAAUGGAAAAUUUAACAUGUGCAACAGUAAAAGGAUCAUCAGUUGAUAUGUAUUUUAGAAGACAAGUUGAAUUAUCAAAUAUGUAUAGAACAAUGGAAGCAAAUAAUUAUGAUACAGCUGAAGAUGCAAUACAUGAUGUUAAAAUUGGUAAAUUAAUGGCAUUUAUAUGGGAUAGUUCAAGAUUAGAAUUUGAAGCUGCUAAAGAUUGUGAGCUUGUAACUGCUGGUGAAUUAUUUGGAAGAUCUGGUUAUGGUAUUGGUUUACAAAAAGGAUCACCAUGGGCUGAUGCAGUUACACUGGCAAUAUUAGAUUUUCAUGAAAGUGGUUUUAUGGAAAUACUUGAUAAAAAUUGGAUACUCCAAGGAAAUUUACAGCAAUGUGAACAAUUUGAAAAAACUCCAAAUACACUUGGUUUAAAAAAUAUGGCUGGUGUAUUUAUUUUAGUUGGUGCUGGUAUUGUUGGUGGUGUUGGUUUAAUUAUUAUUGAAAUGGCAUAUAAAAAACAUCAAAUUAAAAAACAAAAAAAAUUAGAAAUAGCAAGACAUGCAGUUGAAAAAUGGCGUAAUUUAAUUGAGAGACGUAAAAAUCAUCGAGCAAUACCACUAAGAAGAGAUCAAGCAAUAAGCACAAAUGAUCCAACAACAGUUAGUUUGGUUGUUGAUGCUGUUGCAAGAUUAAAUCAACCAUUAAAAAGCCCUGCUAAAAAUCCAGGUAGAGCAUGGCCAGGUGAUGAUGAUAUGCGACGACGUUCAUCAUCACGACACGAUGACAAUAUCCGUCUUUCACCAGCUGUUGAUGUAUCACAUCUUGUUGUUUAGUUUAGCAUUUAAGUCAAAUUAUUAAAUAAUAAAUAAAUGAAUUUAAUUCAUGUUAAAAUAAUAAUAAUAAUAAUAAUAUUAAUAACAAUACAUGUUGUAUAAAGAUUUAAAAAAUAUUUAAAUUGUUUAUGAUGAAUGUUAAAAAUUGUUAUAAUUUUUUUGUUACUCGAUGAUAAAAAACAAAAAAACAAAAAAAAAAAAAUGAAAAAAAAAAAAAAAAAACUCUUACGAUUGUGCCAAUGUUACAUAGAUAUCAAAAUGAAAAAUUAUAAACUGCCAGCCAGAUUAAAAUAAUAAAUAUAAUUUUUUCAGUUAAUAUGUCAAUUAAAUUAAUUAAGAUAUUUAUUUAUUUAUCUCGAUUUAUUUCAUAUAAUCCCCACCUGUGUACAAUGAAUCAUGUAGAAUUAUAAAAUUUUAUAAUUUAAGAAAAAAAAAAAAAAAAAACAUU